AUGCCGCCGAAGCUUCCGAUCCUGGUCAGUUCGGCAGUAGCGUCAACACUGCUGGUGCACUAUACACCUGCCUACGCUCCUGGCUCGCGUCUUCAAACCUUCUUCCUCAUCGCCUUCACAGAGUUCAUCGCGUGGGCAACAUGGCGUGUGGUUAUAUACCCGAACUUCUUCAGUCCUUUGAGGGACCUUCCUGAGCCUCCUGGGGCCAGUUGGUGGAAUGGUCAUGCAUUCACGAUAAUGGCACAGCCAUCAGGUCAUCCGAUGCGUGAAUGGAUAGAUACAAUCCCGAACGAUGGUCUUAUUCGCUAUACCAAUUGGUUCAACUCCGAGAGGGUGUUCUUGACCAGCCCAAAGACUCUUGCUGAGGUUCUCUCAAGCAAGAACUAUGAGUUCAUCAAGCCAGCACAUUUCCUUGACAUUAUCGGCCGUAUUCUAGGCAUCGGAUUGUUGUUCGCGGAAGGCGACGAACAUAGAGUUCAGCGCAAGAAUCUCAUGCCCGCAUUCUCGUACAGACAUGUCAAAGACCUCUAUCCUGUCUUCUGGGCCAAGUCAAAGGAAAUGGUCGAAAGAAUAUCUAUCGCUAUGCAAGACUCGUCCCUGCAGGAUGGUGUCACUGCCAAUGUCGUCGAAGUUGGUGACUGGAGCAGCCGGGCUACUCUAGACAUCAUCGGAGUUGCUGGCAUGGGCCGUGAUUUUGAGGCUCUUAAAAACCCAGACAAUGAACUGAACAAGACCUACAAGACCAUCUUUCACCCACCCAAGUCCGCCAGAUACCUGCAAGUCGCUGGCAUGUUUUUGCCCCGCUGGUUCCUUAGGAGUCUGCCGCUCAAGCGCAACGAUGAGAUCGCAGAAGGAUCCGCGCUUAUCAAACAGACAUGUCGCGACUUGAUCGCCGCAAAGAAGACUCGUAUGGACAAGGGUGCUGCAGAUGAAACCGAUAUCCUCAGUGUGGCUUUGAGAAGUGGAAGCUUCGAUGACGAGAACCUUGUCAGCCAGAUGAUGACUUUCCUCGCUGCAGGACAUGAGACUACAAGCUCAUCAUUGCAAUGGGCCGUCUAUAUGAUGUGUCGCCAUCCUGACGUACAGGCACGUUUACGCGAAGAGAUACAUUCCAAGCUACCCUCGGUACGCGACCCGCAAGCACAAAUCACCGCCAGCGACAUUGACAACUGCCACUAUCUUCAAGCGUUUUGCAAAGAGACUCUUCGUCUCUGGGCUCCUGUGGCCUUGACCAUGAGAGUUGCUGCCCGAGAUGAGACAAUUAAUGGCCAUCCCAUUCCCAAGGGAACGCUCGUAGUCCUCGCUCCAUUAGCAAUUAACUGCAGCAAACACCUUUGGGGUGACGAUGCCAUGGAGUUUAAGCCAGAGCGCUGGUUGACAGAUGGUGUCAGCAACAAAAACGGUGGUGCAGAGUCCAACUACAGCUUCAUGACGUUCCUCCACGGGCCACGAUCAUGCAUCGGUCAAGGAUUCGCCAAUGCCGAGUUUGCUUGUCUUGUUGCAGCCUGGUGUGGCAAGUUUGAGACGGAGUUUGAGGAUAAGGAUUAUGUUCUGGAAGUCAAGAGUGGUAUCACUUCUCGACCCAAGAAUGGCUUGCGGGUCAAGUUGACAGAGAUGCAAGGAUGGUGA